AUUGUACUCCGUAUACUGACACCACGAGCUAUCCGACUGCCCACAUUCACUAUGCCUCCCAAGACGGUCGAGGAGCAGCUCGCGGAGCUCGAGAUGGAGGCGGAGGCUCCCGCCGCGCCCCCGCCAAAGAGCUCCAAAGCCGCCAAAGCUGCACGCAAGAGCUCCGAGCAGGAGAUCGAUGCCCUCAAGGAGCUGGAGGAGCUCGAGGCUCUGGAGAAGUUCCAGCGGCCAGAAGUGCCGCGUCCAUCGAGCCGGCCGAACACGCCAAAGAUGUCUUCGUCCUCCACCACGUCCAGCAACCCGCGCCGGGCAGGGAUCGCGACACCCUCGUCCACCGGCUCCGCGCGAACGAGUGAAGAGAAGGCCCAGGCACCGAGGAAGUCCGGGGAGAGCGCCCGAUCAUUUCACCAAAGCUUCGCGCCGACCGAGGAGGAGCCCGCGAAGCCUGCGCCCGAGCCCAAGCAAUCGGGAGGGUCGUGGUGGGGCGGUCUCCUCUCUACGGCGACCGCGACUGCGGAUGCGGCGAGGAAGCGGGCCGAGGCUGCAUACCAGGAGAUCCAGAAGAACGAGGAAGCCAAGCGUUGGGCGGAGCAGGUCCGUGGGAAUGUUGGCGCCUUACGUGGCAUUGGAGGAGAACUGGGAAAGCGCGCUCUUCCUACCUUCACAAACAUCCUCCACACAAUUGCUCCGCCCAUCUCGCAGCACGAACGGCUUCAGAUUCACAUCACACACGACCUCAUCGGAUACCCAUCGUUAGACCCAAUCAUUUACCAGACCUUCUCCACGGUUAUGGCGCAAGUUGAAGGCGGUGACCUGCUUGUCAUUCAGCGCGGAUCGGAAUCAACACACCGUCGGGACUCGAUGGACGGCUACAGAGGAGGCGGAGGCGGAUGGAACGAUGGCCCCUGGUGGCGCCAUACCGAUAAGCGAGAUCUCAGCGUCGUCAAGGGCUUGGUGGAGGGCACGAAGCUUGUUAGAGUGAGCGCCGAAGCCUAUGCAAACGAGUUCUUCGCAGCAAGAGGCGGCCUUGAAGAGGCGGCCAAACAAGCUACCGAGGUGCUCAGUGAGACGAACCCUGUUCGGAGCAGCGACAUCUUCCUUGCCAUCCAGGCCGUGAGCUACCGUGCUCCGGACGACCUCUUCUCUACCUCGCAGACCACGGAAGAGAAAGAGGGAGGCGUAGAAGAGCACAAAGAGGAGGAUGAGCUUGUCGCAUUUGCCGUCUACCUCCACGACCCCAUUCACGGCAUUAGCUACAAAGCGCUCAGCCAGGCAUUCCCUGCAAAGUGGGUGGAAUGGCUGGACGCUCCUGCCCCGACAGAAGCUGCGGGUGAGGAGGCACAGCUGCCAGCCGAAAUACGGCAGAUUAUUCAGGACGGGGGAGUCGACCCGCGAGAAUGGGUUGCUGAUUGGAUGGAAGAGACUAUCAGCCUCAGCGUGGGGGUGGUCGCUCAACGAUAUGUUGCUCGUAGAAUGGGUGUUGGUGAGGGAGGCAUUGGUCGAGGAAAGGCACGUGAAGCAAUCGUUGAGGCAGGCGGCGGGGAAGCCGCCCGAGCUGGUAUCAUUUGAGGGGUUUACAAGGUUGGCUAUUCCAUUUUCUAUACCUGUAGCGGGCGUUCCGGAGGCAUCUGCCAGCAACGGGCUGUCCUAGCAUCUCUUAUUCUCCUCGCGCAAGCAGGAAUUUUGGGUAAUGCAAUCCAUAUCCUUUGGUGGCCGUCCAUCAACCGAGCCGAAU